CCUCAAUGCACGGCUGACCCCUCUCAAUGCCCUAACUUGGUCGUCUCUCCUCACUCUACGGUUUGUUCACACUGCGAACACCAGGGCCAUUAGCACUGGAUCGCGACUUCACGAGAACCUGAUGACCCUCGUCUGCGCUCUUCCAUCUCUACCCGCACCCUGCCAGUCUAGCUAGCUACCGAGCCUAUCCAAGUACCUCCAGGACUCCGUAUAGCGAACCCACGCACCACCCGUCCUCUACUCGUACAAACUGCGUUGCCUAUUUUCCGUCGUCUCUCCUCCUCUCCUCUCAAACCUGCAUGAAUCCACGUAUUUGUCUCAUUCUCAAUACGAUCUAGCCGACUCCUUUGAUUGUCCGCAUCCUUCACUCAGGCCUCUCCCCGCGUCUCAUCCAAAUUUAGUAUGGCUGAAAGAAUAGCUCCACGGUCCGAGGUUCAGCCUGAUCAAGACUAAGGCCUGUCUACCACCUGACUGUGAAGAGCCUUCGUGAGGACGAAAACGGACGAACGGAGUACAAACGCGUGGAUACACGCGUUGAAUGAAUUUCCGAAACACCUAGAGACAUAUGUCGACUGCCACCACAUCUCGAAAUCCUGCCCUACUCGCCGUUCUUCUUGUUGCGCAGGGUCGCACUGGCUCCAACGCCCAGCUUGUCUUCCAUUAUCCUCCAGACCCGUUAGCGGCAGCUCGUACCGCCGAAGCAAUAUCUCUGGCGGAAGAUGAUGAGGAAGACAGCUCUAGCAGUGACUCUGAAGAUUCUUCCUCCGACGAUGACUUCGAGUUGUUCAUAAAGCGCAUCAACCACACGGCACCUGCGAAUCCUGAUAGUCGAUCGCAGAAUUCGGACGAGGAUGACGAAGAUGUGCAGGUAAAGAGAGGGUCUGUAGACAGUGAGGGCUGGAAACCUCCCUGGGAGCCACUCCUUGGGCUGGGCGAGGAUGGUCUGGUGAGCCUCUUGACCCCGGGAAGGGCCUGGCACAAACGCAGAUUUGAGCUUGGUAUUAAUGAUCUGACCUUUCUGGGCAGACCAGUCUAUGCUCGUGAAGAAGGAUACUGGCGGAAGCCCCGAGUUAAGAAGCAGAGAUCGUUAGUGGAGGACGAUGCACAACAUUCCUCAGACACUGCAGUAAGUGACAGUGGCAUAGACGAUGGGAACAACAGCCCAGACGGCUCGUCUGAGGGACAUGUCCGUGACAAAAAGGCAAAGAGCACCUCUGAAUCAACAAAGACACAGCUUACCAUGUUUCAUCUUGUAUUUGUGAUGGAUCCAUCUCCAUUAGAGCAUUCCUUGAGAGUAAAGGAUAUGUAUGAUCAUGUGGUGAAGAAGUUGUCCAAGGUUCUCAAAUGGGAACAGUCCCAUCACAACUAUGUGUGGGAGCAGUCAGAGCUGCUACAGUCCAUCAAGUCCACACAUGCCCACCAGCAGUCGUCCACGCGCACGCUUUACACCGAGAUGAUGAGAAAGUCAUCACUAGCGGCAGCCAUUGCCAAAGUGUUUGACAACAUCUCUGCUUCUAAAAUUGCUGCAAUCACACUUAGCUCCAAGUUAUCAGUCUCUCUUCAGAUUCCUCCUGUUACAUCGACGUCAUACCUGCCUUCGCUCACCGAGCCUCCUUUAGAGCCUGGUCUGUGGCUCACUACAGCCACGGAUCCUGCUUCAACUGAGGCCGAUAUGGAUACAGCGUCAAGUUCUGGGGCCUUGCAGCUUUCCAAAAACUUUACGCUUCUUCUCAAGGCCAGCCCCCAAAAGAUUCUCAAAGACAUUCAGGCUGCGGGAGGACCGUUGGCAAUGCCAUUGACAAACUUUAUAAGCAAUGCAAAGCCGACAAAGUCCUUUUACAAGAUUUCUGUGCUUUCAGGCAUCAAUCUGUCUGAUAUCCAGCACCUUGCGCGCCAUCUUGUCUACUGGCGACGUGCCAUUGCGAUCCCUCCACUGCAUCAGCGAGAUACCUAUAUUGUUUCACCAAACGCGAAUAUGCAGAAGCUAGUAGGGGCCUGCAAGACGUACGAAGCGACAUUCCCGAUGAUGCCUUCCUUACCGAAGAUGCUCAGUGUAUUGAGUGGAACCCCGUCACCUUAUGGCGCACUGAUCCCCAGUAGCGACCACAAAGAAGAAUAUUACCGCGUUUUGGAAUGGCUUGUGCGUGAGGGCUGGGUCACACAACUCCGCACGUUUGCUUUGGUGCGCAUUGACCCGGAAGUCAAGAAAGCUGUGCGAGAGAAGGAACGUGAAGAGAAGGGGUCCAGGACACCUGCGGACAAGGACUUGCGGGAAUCUGCUGAUGUAUCCAAGAGCUUCGGAAGCGGAACCCCAACCACUGUUGCCAGCAGCAUGAUAUCCGGUUUCAGACAACGACCCAGUAUGGUCAGUCGUCCCUCAAGCGACGGAAGACAGUCGAUUUCAACCGACCAUACCAGCUCACGCGGUCAGCAAUUCAAACACAACCCAAAACAGGCCAGCUUGGUGUUAUCUCCCCAACGUGCAUCUCCUGAAGAGUCCCGUUGGCUCGACCAUAUUGCGUCGACACUAACGUCUUCUCUGAAUGCUUCACGAACAGAUCUACCAGCAUCACCCUCGUCUGAGAAUGAUCUAGACACAGCCGAUGUCCGGCGAUAUUGGUCAGUCUUUGUAAAGUACUUCUCCGGUCAUGAAGCCUUGGAGAAAAUUCCAGUACGCGAAGGUCUCAAGAGAAAAAACGUAUGGGAUAUGCUUAUGAAGAUGGGAUUGGAGUUUAAUGGAGGAGUUGAGGAUGAAAAGGGCGAGAAUAAAAAGGUACUUGUCACAAUACGACACUGGUAGGGAUGAAUAAAAUAAUGUACUAUGUCCUAGGAUCGGAAAGCAUCUGACUGUGUACAUGAAGCUUGAGAUCCAGGACACGACAUGUUUGUUCCUGGGCAGUAUGUAUAAAUACUUAAUGAUAAAGGUUCUGGA